GCCUCUAUCAACAUGGCUUCGCUAAGAUUUGGACAAGGGGUGAGACAUUUUAGCUCAUCAGUUAUGAGAAGUCAGCUGAUAAAGCCUCCAGUCCAGGUAUAUGGUAUUGAGGGAAGAUAUGCUUCAGCACUUUACUCUGCAGCUUCCAAAAAGAAAGCACUUGCCGCAGUAGAAAAGGACCUCACUUCUCUUACGAAGACAUUGUCUGCAGACAUCAAACUUAAAGACUUUCUCUAUGAUCCGACUCAGAAAGUACAGGACAAGAAAGCUCUUCUUCAAGUUGUGUCGGAGAGGGGAAAAUUCUCUGAAAUGACAAAAAAUCUAUUUGAAACAAUGGCAGAAAAUGGCCGUCUUAACAAACUAGGAGCUGUCUCAGGCUCCUUCAACACCAUCAUGGCCGCUGAGCGAGGAAUAGUUUCUUGUACAGUAACAGUAGCAAAGACUCUGGAUGCUUCUACUCAGAAGGAACUUACAAGUAUUCUGGAUGGGUUCCUUAAGAAGGGUGAAACUUUGGAUCUAACCAUGAAAGUUGAUCCAUCAUUGAUAGGAGGUAUGAGGGUAGAUUUUGCUGACAAAUCUGUUGACAUGGCAAUGUCAUCCACACUGGGGAAGUACACCAACAUAAUUAGCCAGGCGUUGUAACACCAGCAACUAUAGACUAAUUUCGAGUGUGUUGUAUGCUUGUUGAACUGAAAAAGUAAUAUUGGAAGAAACAUUUCCAGUGCUAUUUGAGAUAUGUGUACAUUUUUAGAUUCUCAAUGAUUAAACAUUAUUGUAAGAAAAA